UGCAUUUCCAUAAAAUCUAGAAGUCUUUGAAUCAGUAUUCUACCUUAACUUCAUGAUAUGAAGUUCAUACUGGCAUGCACUAUCACACUGAUUUCUGUGUGCUCAGUUGUUUUUGGAGCCCAAAGUCUCAGUGAAUGUAAUCGAAAACUGCAGGAUUCAAUGAGAACUUGUUUUGGAAAAUAUUCGACUAGAAGUAGAAAGUCUAGUAGUGGAAUGGAUGUCAGCCAAAUGAAACAGGCAUGUAUGAAAGAUACCAGAUGUAAAAAGUCAGCAAAAAAUUGUCUUCUAACGGAAUUAAAAAGGUCUAAGUUUGCUGGAUGUGCAGCUGCCAAGACAUACAUAAAUUCGGUUUCACGUAUGUACUAGUAGAAUUUAUCAUUAUGUGUAUAUGAUUAUUAUUGAAGCUCUUUCAUCUAUCGUGUGAAUAAACAACUGAUGAUGU